GCGACUUUUUCGUGUUGUCAGAUUUCGGCCAUCUUUGGAAAGAAAACUUAAAAAUUUUGUGCUUUUUAACUUAAAAAAAUAGCAAAAUGUCGAGGAGUAAAACAAGGCUGUAUUUCGGAAAGUUAAGGGAAGAUAUUAGGGAGAGAGAUUUGGAGAAAUUUGUUCGCGGAUACGGCCAAGUUCGUGACAUAAGUAUCAAGAAAGGCUAUGGUUUUGUGGAAUUUUACGAUGAACGUGAUGCUGAAGAUGUAGUUUGGGAACUUAAUGGACGAGAUUUGCUUGGUGAGAGAGUCAUCAUAGAACAUGCCAGAGAUCCUUCAUCAAGACGAGACUUUUCCUAUGGCUUUCGACGUGAUAGAAGCCCUGAUAGAUAUAGAAGUUCCAGAAGUCGUGAACAUCGCAGCAGAAACAUCCCAGUUAGGACCGAUCAUAGAUUGCUAGUUGAAAAUCUUUCCAGCCGCGUCAAUUGGCAGGAAUUGAAGGAGAUAUUCAAUGAUGUAUCUGAGGUCACUUUUACAGAUGCUCAUAAGCGAGAACGUAAUACAGGAAUUGUGGAAUUUGCAACAAAAGAUGACAUGAAGACUGCUCUUAAGAAGUUACAGGGUCGAGACAUAAAUGGAAAGAAAAUAAAGUUAUCAGUUGAGAAGGUUGGAGGAUCACGAUCUCGCUCUAGAUCAAAAGAUCGUAGAUCACGAUCGAAAUCACCUAAACGAAGGCGACAUCAUUCUCGAUCCAGAAGUCCAAAACGAUCGCGUUCGAAAUCAGCUUCCAAGGACGAUGAGGAAAAAGAGGCGUCCAAGUCAAGAUCAAGGUCAAAAUCACCAGAGCAAAAAUCUGGCUCCCAGUCCCCAGAAGCAGAAGCAGAAGAGUCAAAUCGAGAAAGUGAGCAUGAAUCUGGUAACGAGAGCCCACAGAAGAAUGGCGAUGAAGAGAAUGGUAAUGAGGAAGAGGAUGCAGAAUAAUAAUGGUCAUAUUGGCCAGUAAAAUAUUGGCCGAGCAAGAUUUUUAUUCCACUUUACAUAGAUUUACAGGCAUUAAGCAUGAUUUUUUGACAAAUCCUACUGCACAUUAAUAAUUUUGGUGCAGUAAUUUUAUAAUUUAUACCCACUAUUUGCUUAUAAAGCUUAGCCUUUCUAGGGAGUUGAGCACGUCAGCAGUCUCUUUAACACUUUGUAAAUAAACAUACGCAGAGGUCUGAAAUUCCCAUAGUUUAUGCCCUUUCUAAUUGGCAUGAAAAUUUUAGGGAAGCACCAGACAAAAUGAAAAAAUAAAAUAACUUUUACAUAAUAUCAUUCA